AACAGGCCGUCUCUUUUUGUAAAUUCCACCUCCACCACCGGCGACUUGUAUGGUGUGACACCCAUACUUUUGCGAAGAAAUGCCGGCCCACAAUUCCUUUGUGGCUUCUGCUGCAAUCACAAUACCACAGAAUGCUUUCUUGGUAUCCUCUUGUUCGACAACAGAGACAGGCAGAAUGAUAUCAUAAAUUCUCCCCAGUUAGUUUGGUCUGCUAAUCGGAACCAUCCAGUCAAACCCAAUGCAACGUUGCAACUAGGCCGAGAUGGCAAUUUGGUCUUGGCAGACUCUGAUGGCACUCUUGUUUGGUCCACUAAUACUACUGGCAAAUCUAUUUCAGGCUUAAACUUGACAGAAAGAGGGAAUAUCGUGCUCUUUAAUACGAGAAAACGCGCAAUUUGGCAAUCUUUUGAUCAUCCAACAGACUGUUUGCUUCCAGGGCAGAAGUUGGUUUCUGGGCAGAAGCUUACAGCAACCAUUCCUUUAACAAAUCAUUCUUUUUCUUUUACUGUUCUUAAUGGAAGUCUGGUGGCUUCCAUAGAUACUGACCCACCUCAGUAUUAUGUAGCUUCAAAUCAGUAUGAUGCUCAAGGUAGCCCUUAUUACGAUUUUGACGGUAGAACCCUCACUGCUCUACAAGACCCUUAUACAUCAGAAACCCAACUUAUAAAGCUUGGGCCUGAUGGACAUAUAAGGGUAUACCAGUUGAAUGGCUUUGAUUGGAUAGAGUUAUCUGAUUUUCUGUCUCCAAAUUUAGGGAACUGUGGGUAUCCAAUAGUGUGUGGAAGAUAUAGCAUUUGUACAAAUGAUAAGCAAUGUAAUUGUCCGGUAGAAGGAAACUUUUUCAGGCCAAUAAAUAGGAAUCCAGAUCUUGGAUGCUCACAGCUAACAUCCAUUUCUUGCAACUCUUUGCAAGAUCAUAGUCUAAUAGAGCUCAAAGAAACCACAUAUUUUGCAUUUGAGGCUAACUUUAAACCAAGUUCAAGCAUAUGGUUCGAGGGAACAAAGUUGGAAGAUUGCAAAACAGCAUGUCUGAGCAACUGUUCUUGCAAAGCUGUUGUUUGGUCCGGAACGCUAGGAAAAAACUGCUUAUUACUGAAUGAAGUCUUUUCUUUUAUGGACAACUGGGGAGGGAGAGAUAAGACGACUGUUUUUCUUAAGGUGCAGAAUUCCAUAAAGUCACAGUAUCAAUCACCAAUCUCUUCUCCAAGAAAGCAAUCAAGACCUCUGAAAGUGAUAGUAGCAUCUACUCUUGCAGCUUUCGUGGGAAUAGUUGUAAGUAUCACUACGUGGUUUGCUCUUUUCAAAAGGAGGAUGCUGACCGGCAAGGCCGGGGAUCUUGUGGAUCUAGCAACAAUCUUACCGGGAAUCCUAACUCGAUUCUCUUAUAAUGACUUGAAAGUAAUUACAGAAGAUUUCAGCAGAAAGCUCGGGGAAGGAGGAUUUGGAUCUGUAUAUGAAGGAACACUCAGUAAUGGCACCAAAAUAGCUGUGAAGCAUUUGGAUUGUGUAGCUCAAGGAAAGGAUUCAUUCUUAACAGAAGUAAAGAUAGUCGGUGGCAUUCACCACGUCAAUUUAGUAAAACUCAUUGGAUUUUGUUUCGAAAAGAACCACAGGCUUUUGAUCUAUGAGCACAUGGUAAAUGGAUCAUUAGAUAGGUUUAUUUCUCAUAAGAAUCCAGCUAAUGGGCUUACAUGGCAUACAAGGCGAAGGAUAAUAUCAGAUGUUGCCAAAGGGUUAGCUUAUCUUCAUGACGAAUGCAGCCAGAAGAUAAUUCAUUUGGACAUCAAACCACAAAACAUCCUUCUAGAUCAAAAUUUCAAUGCUAAGAUAUCUGAUUUUGGGUUGUCGAAACUGAUUGAGAAAAACAAAAGCAAAGUGGUAACUAGAAUGAGAGGAACGCGAGGGUAUUUAGCUCCUGAAUGGUUGAGCUCAGUAAUCACUGAGAAAGUUGAUGUGUAUGCCUUUGGAAUUGUGCUCUUAGAACUACUCUGUGGGAGAAAGAAUUUGGAUUGGUCCCAGGCUGAUGAAGAAGAUGUCCAUUUGGUUAGUGUUUUUAGGAGAAAAGCAGAACAAAAGCAGCUUAUGGAUAUGGUUGACAAAAACAAUGAGGAUAUGCAGCUCCACAAAGAAGCAGUGACAGAAAUGAUGAGCAUUGCUGCAUGGUGUCUACAGGGUGAUUUCACAAAGAGGCCUUCCAUGACAUUGGUCGUCAAGGCGCUAGAAGGUUUGGUCUCUGUCGAAUCCAACUUGGAUUACAAUUUCACAAACCUACCUGAGGUUGUAGGCAACCAACAGAGGGAAGCCACUAUCAGUUCAAUAUUGCCUUCCAUUUUGUCCGGACCAAGGUGAACAAUAAGCUUAAGAUUUUGAGUCUUCAAAAAAUCAACUUAUGGCUUGUAAUAUCAGAUAUUGUAAAAUUUUGAAAUUUAGCAUGAUAUUUGUGAUGUAUGACAUUACAAUUCAUGAAAUGUAAUG